AUGGACUUUGAGCAUUUUCUCGAUCUAUGCGGACGAUCGCUUUUUGCAGAGGAAUACAAAGGCGAUUUGGACGCUGCUUGGGACUAUUUGGAUUCAGUACAAUAUGGCACACUGGAGUUGAACGACCGCGCAGAAUAUUUGCGAUCCUCAUCUAUAUACGCGACCUUGGUCGGUAAUUUCGCCGAUGCAUACCGACAUCUGGACUCGCUUCAUGAGCUACUACCGCAAUUGUCGCAGGAAUGGGGUCUGCGAUAUACAAAUUACAAAGUCCUUGCCGACUAUACGCGCCGCUUCCCGCCAGCGCUUCGUUUCUAUCAUGAGCGGGGAUGGCUACUGAAUACCGUGAUGGUAAGUGAUAUCAUCGGGCCAAAUCAAAUAUCCCUGAACUUCAUGGCGAAUUUCCGAAAGUACUCGCCGACCGGUUCGAUCCGAGAUCAGGGUCUCGGCAUGGUCUUGAAUAUGGUGCAAUGGGUCCCAAUUCAUAUCCGUGGCCUGGCUUCUGAAUUCCACCCUCUCUCGCCUCGUAAUUCACGGCAUAAACCAGGAGCUAAUCCUGCGUCAAAUAUUGCUGAGAAAGUGACUUAUUUGUUGAAGCUUCGUGCCUUGGCGGAGACGAAUGGCGCAACGAGUAUCGUGUCAUAUUUGACUCGGUUGAUGGUUGAGAUGCAUGUUGCGUGUAAGAGUGACGAGACGGGCAUUAUGCUGGAAGAGUUGUAUCGUCUUUGUGAGAAGGUUGAUGAUUAUGCAGGUAUGGCGAACGCGAAGUUGAUGGAGGGAGAUGGUAUUCUCUGUGCUUCGUUUACAAGUCCGCUUGUCAUGAACUUGACUGUCAUUGAUACUUCUGCUGCUAUUGGCGAUGACGAGCUCUGGGACCCUAUUCAGCGUGAUCUUGUGUUUGACUACUCUGCUGAAGUUAAGCAGUGCUAUGAAUCAGCGCUCGAGCUUUUUGGAAAAGGCAGCUGCAAGAGGGGACAGGCGACGGUAUUGCUUCGGCAGGGAUGUUGUCUACAUUAUAUCGCGCGUUUCCAUCGAUCCGUCAACAAACAGUAUCAUGAUAUUCUGGGAGAAGCGGGGAUUAAACUUCAAAAAGCGCUCGAGCUUUUUGGUAGAGACGAAGCCAGUGCACAACUGGUUAAGGUUCAUCAAAUCCUGCUUAAAAUUUCCAAAGGAAAUAUUCAAGGUGUGAAGAUGGCUGCUCGCGAGGUUGGAAGAUGGUGCGCUGGCGCAAAAAAUGAGUUCCUCGCCCAUUUCAUUGGACGGUUUCUUUUGCGUUUCGGCAAUGAAGAAUGGUUCAAGUACUCUAACCUGGACACAGCAAUGCUGGCUUGGGAAUGUGCCUACGAGGUUUCAAAGCCAGUGAACGACAUUCUUCCCCAAUUCCAAUCCGUGACGUCUCGCGCAUCUGCCCAGCAAGAAUGGUUCAACGUCGCUGCAGCUCGAUUGCUCAUCGAGGAAGCAUUAGCCAUGGUCGAUGCAGUCCGAGAAUAUUUCCACGCGAAGAUUUCUUCUACCACGGAUGACAAAAUGGGUCAGCUAGAACGAACAACCUUGGUUACGAUCAAAGGAAACCUCCUUUGGACAUUCACUCGAUAUGUUGGCAGAGUGUAUAUCGGAGACGAGGACAUGAAAUCCUUCCGCGAGUGGAAAUCUAGAUACAAUGAUUGGCUCGAAACCGACGAUGACCUCCGAGCCUGGAGGGAAAUAAUCGAGAAUGCUGAGGAUAGGCUUCAUGGUAACAAGGCUGAGCUCGCGCUUGUGAAAGGCAAUUUCAAGAACAUAUGGCAAAAAGCUUUGAUGGCCGAUGAAGCACAUGAGCGGUAUCGGAUAGCAGAGCUUGGCUAUCGACGAUUGUUGAACGAGGGCAAUAUCCUGGGAGCAGAAGCGCUGUUUCGUCGAUAUUUGGAUGAGACGGAGCACCAAGAGAAAGGCCGCACAAUAACCGUUUAUCAGGUUCUGGCUUGUCAUAAGAUUGGAGACCGAGUCAAAGCAAAGGAAGUACUAGACUCUAUCACAGAUGAUGAGUUGUUAGAAGGCCACCUGGAGGCAUUUCGAAAAGGAAUUGCUCUUCCAACAUCUUUUCCAACGAGGGCGCAGAAUGCACUGACAUUUUCCAUCUUUGGAUGUGACAUGGACAGAGGUCGGAGGGUUGUUCAAAUGAUCAUCGAGAUGAAACCGACGUUUUUUGAUACGGUGAUGGAUAAUGCUUGGGACCAUUCGAUUCAAAUCGCUCACUAUGCAGCAUUGAUGAAGGAGUUACAGCCCGAAAUAUCUUUCACCAGGCUUCUUCGUUCUCGGGAAAUUAUCGAAACUCGGAGGAAACAGACCUCGGAUUUGGAUGCACGGGUGUGGGGUUCGGCUGCUGCUUAUAGUAUCGAGGUUUAUCUUGACCUCGCACGCAUCUGUCUGGCUACCGAAAGCUCACCACUGCCCUUGAGCGUGCUAUCAGGGUACGAGAUCCAUCACUUUGAGGGAAUGUCGUGGAAGGACCAUGCACUACUAUUUGUUGAGAUGGGUAGAGCACGUGCGGUGCUAGAGUCUUUGCAGACACAGUCGACUCAAGCUUUGGGGUUAUCCGGCGCUCCCAAAGCCGCAAAUCUCUCCGAGGCUGUCCAUAAACGGCGUCUUCUGAGAUCAUUGCUUUCUCUGAAGACGUUGACCCUAGAUCAAGAGAAAGAAGUUGCGCAGUUACAGGGGGAGAUCAAGGUCUUGGAGGAGGAUGGGACACUCUCUUCUGCGACCACUUUCAUAGAAACGGCAAAUUCCCCUAUUGAACCGAGGUUUUUGUACCAGAGUAUUGACCAUGAUACUGUGGUUAUCGAGGCGACAUUCGGAAACAGGGGCCUUCUUGCGUUUGCAGUAACAAAUCAUGGUAUUCAAAAUACCUUUCAAUCAUCGAUACGCUACGUGGACAUUCGAAACCCCGUGAUGAGGGCUAUGCAGAUAAUGAGAGAGAUGAAUGGCUAUGUCUGCGAAGAAGAAGAGAAACAUAAGAGAACGUUGAACGAACUUUGCAACGAAAUCUCUGAGGUGUUGCUGGUGCCAUUCGCAGACGUUAUCAGAACAAAGUCCCAUGUCAUAUUCUCUGUAUCCGACCCGCUGACGGCGUUCCCUUUCUCCGUCCUUCCUUUUGACAACAAACCCUUGGUCAUGCAAGCCGUUGUAUCUCAAGCCCCGAGCCUGACAGUACUCUACUAUCUCUCUCAACGGAAGUCAUCAUCUGCCUCACCGACAGUUUCAGUCCUCGCAAAGGCGCCCACAGAAGAGCCAUCUAGUACCACCCGAGGUGGCGAAGAAGUCAAUCUACACAUGGCGGGCAUAGAAGCUAUCAACAUUGCCCGCUUGUUUGCGACAUGGCCCAUCGAGGCAUCUCAUUUGUCUCGAAAGGACUUCCAGGAUCACGUUGAGGGGGGAUCAGUGAUCAUGCAUAUUGGGACGCACGGUGACAUCAACCCUCGCAACCCCCUCCUCUCGAACAUUUCUAUUGGUCAAGGCCAGGAAUUUCGUGUGCUCGACAUGUCAGCCAUACGUAGCAACGUGAAUCUUCUGGUUUUCGCGGCUUGUCUGAGUGGGUUUGGAAGGGCUACGAUCGGUAGCGAAGUCUUGGGCUUUUCUCAUGUUGUUCUGAGCACUGGAUGUCAGGCCUAUAUCGGAUCUCUUUGGAAAGUGAGUGAUUUCGGCUCAAUGCUAAUCAUGACACUCUUUUAUCGACACCUUAAAGAAAACCCGCAGUUGGCUGUGGCGGAAGCUAUGCGAGCGGCGCAAUUGGAUCUCCUACAGCUAGACACGGAGAAGGCCGAUAUACUUCUUGACGAAAUGUUAGAAAACUGGACCUCUUCAGUUGUAACUGGUCAACGUCCCGCGGACUUUGUUCCCGAUGCAGAAUUCCUUUUGCUCACGUUGAAGAUGAUCCUGAGCCAGCUUGACUGGUCAAGUCCAUUCUACUGGGCACCAUUUACGCUUGUGGGGUAUGCUACCCCUCGAACGAGGGAGAUUGAAUCGAGUUCCUAUCUACCUGCGCGUGGCCAACAUUCCUUUGGCUUUCGGACAGCACCCGUGGAGGCGACUCCGCCAUUCGCUCGAGCACAGCGGCGACAGUGCGUCCCCAUCUCGGGCCCGUCGUCGUUCCCUGCAAUUCUCCGUCCUCCAGCGGUUCGACUCGCUAACCCCGUCAACCACGUCCCCCGCAUCACUCCUAUUACUAUCCCAUCAGCGAGAUCGGACGAAAGUCUCCCCCUAAGUCACCAACGCGACGCACAUCCCCUCCUCAGUGUCCCCGAACGCCGUCGCAGUCGCUUAACCCCCUCCCCAACCAGCCUUAUUGUCGAACAUAGUCAGGGGGAAUCAGAAAGCGGGCGCACCAGCAUCGCUCUACCUCGACGUCACCGGCGCAGCGAGCAAUUAUCCCCCACGGUAGAAAUGGCCGCAGCUUUUGCUGGAAGUGCGGCGCGGGAAGUCGAAAACCUGCGACCACCCGAGGAAGUUCAUUUCGGCCAGGAUGGCUCUCGUUACCGAGACGACGGCCGACCGCGUCACGCACAGUCCCAAACCUCUCUCCGUUCUCAAUCGCAGAUUGCCUCCGUUCCUUCAAUCACAGGCCAGGCCCCCGAUGUCGCCGAAGAGCUGGCAUGGGGCCCCGCGCACCCCUGUUACCCUCACCUCAACUCACACGUCCCCAUCAAUUCGCCAGAAUACCUCACUACGCGAAUCAUCCGGGUUCGGCGCGAUUGGAUGAUCAAGGCGGAUUUGGCGCCCACAUUUUCCAAUCUCUACCCUGAGAUUUUGGAUCCGUUACUGUCGGAACAGGAGUUCCGAAAAGUCAUUGCUACCGUGAACAAUGGCCUGAUCAAGGCUUUUGACCCGUUCAGUUUGCGCAAUUGGGUUGAUGGCGCACUUGGCUUGUUGACUGGCUGGGUCUGGGACGACCUGAAUGCACCAGCCGUCAAGGGCUCAUUGGAAUACGUUGAGUCGUGGCUGGAGAAAUGGAACCGUGAAGUCGGUUCCAAGGACGGCGUUCACAUCUGGAGUCUACGACGCACGGCAUAUAUGUCCCUUGACAUUCAGAUCCCUGAUCCAAAGGUCGGCAUCGUUCCUAGCGAGGCACCUUCUUUGCCAAACACCAGACCGAGUACGGGAGUCGGUCCGGUUAACUGA